AUGACCGACCUGGCUGCGUUGGACUCUGGAUCCCGACCUUUCACGUCGAAGGAACUCGGUGAGAUGGAUCUCUCAAUACGGAACACAAACCUACCAUGCGAUAUGCUCGAGGCUCUUGAGGAUCUUCAAGCAUUUCAACCUAAAGAUGUUACUCCUGGGCCAGGAAAUUCCUAUGAGAAGGCUACAUUGGGCCUUAAAAAUAUCGUCAAGACCCUGGCAGCCUGCGGCGUGUUCUCAGAGGCAGGCAUUGUCCUUCGCUGGCUCUACUUUCUUGAUGCAGACAUUCUGGCAGAUAUCGAGACGCUCCAGCCUCCGGCCUUGUUGCUCGUCGCUUAUUUCGCGGUGAUUUUGUCAUCCAUGGAGAAGACGGUAUGGUAUCUCAACGGCUGGGGCGAAGCAAUCAUCAGACAGGUGGAUCAGCUACUGGAAGAGGACUCGAAGGAGAGGAGCAUUUCGUUCGGCACCAGCCAGUGA